AUGGCCGCCACGGCAGACCCCGAGUUCCCCUGUUCAAUGCAAGUCUGCCCCUCCCUUUGCAAUAUCAAUUGGCCCCGCGUCAUCGCAUCUCUCACGGCGACAACGUCAACCAUCGACGUCCCCUUCCCCAGCGAGCGCCUCGCCUCCACGGCCCUCAGGACCCUACAGGUCGACAAGGAGCUGUCGCCCCUCGUGCGCCGACACCUGUCCGUGAUCGCCCCUCCCGACGACAACGACGAAGGCCGACUGCUCAAGACGGAGUACAAAGCAGCCACGAACCGCAUGCUCCGCGUCGCCGUCAACUCGUUCAUGGAAAGCCUCAAACUCGUGCUCGAGGUCAUGGAGCACCUCGAUGUCGAUGUCUUAGAACAGCAGAAGCUGCAAAAGCCGCCCAGUUGA